AGUCUCCCUGAGUUUCAAGGGCGAAAGAAGAAACAUUAACAGAAAGGGCAAGAAGAAUCUGUCGGCCAAGGCUUCUGCAAAUUCCGGCAACCGUCGCCGACGAGUUUUCUGAGUGAGGUGUGUUGAUAUAUAGUGAACGAACAUAUUAAUUUUCAUACUUAUGUAUGUUUAAAUUUCAUUCUGCUGUUAGUUAGCAUAUGCAUGGUUUGUUUCCUACUGAGUUGGAGUACUGGGUCGGGUGUUUAGUUAGUGAUCUCUGGUUAUGUAGUAGAUCUUUCAUUAAUUGUCAAGCAGAUCUGAGCUGAGAGUUCAUAAUUAGCUAGACUCCAUAUAUAUAUAAUUCUUGGUAGCUGUUGUUUAAUUAAUUAAUUAAUUAAUUAACGGGUUCUGUUCUUAGUAUAGUUUGAUUUACGUGCUGCGUAAAUUGCCAGAAAUGAAGGAGGGCAACAAGUCAAUGGAAGUUGUGGUGAAGUCAGUGGAGAAGGUGAAACCAUCGUGGUACAAGUAUUCAUCCUUAGUAUCGGAAGAUGAUCAUGAGUUGAGGCCUCCUUUCAAACUCUGCUCUCUGGACCAACUAGUCACAGCCGCAACCUAUACCCCACUAAUCCUCUUCUACACCAUGGAAACGGCCAGUAGCUGGGAAUGGAGCCCUGAAAUCAUGUCCAGCAAGCUAAGAGAAUCGCUGUCGCUCACCCUCACCUCCUACUACCCACUAUCAGGGAGGGUGAAGGACGGCGUCGUGAUCGAAAACUUCGAGGCGGGGGCUCCCUUCAUCGAGUCCCGAGUGCAGGGUCACAGUCUUGCAGAGUUUCUGCGACCACCCAAGUUGGAGUUUCUCAACAAGCUACUCCCAGUGGAGCCUCUUGCUUUUCACCAAACCACCGUGACUGAUGAUGACGAUUGUGAUUAUGACGAUCGAAUCCCCCUUGAGCUGCAGCUUCCUGCUGCACAAGUUAUUGUUCAGAUGAACACAUUCGACUGCGGUGGCAUUGCCAUUGGCCUGUGUUUCAAUCACCAGGUCGUGGAUGGUCCAAUCAUGAGCAUAUUCCUCAGGACUUGGGCGGCUCAUUGCCGCCAAUUGCUGCUAAUGUGUGGUUCCGCGGAAGGCAGAGAACUCACUGCACAAUCUGUGUCAACCGAGGAUUUGUCCCGUGGGUCCACUGCUUUCCCUCCUCGACACCAAGGUUCCCCACCCCAGGUUCUUCAGCCAUUGAUUGAAGAGAUAGAGGCCAAGGACAAUGCCAUCAAGACAGCCACAAGGAGGUUUGUGUUCUACGAUCAUGCAAUCACCUCUCUUAGGUCCCUGGCUACUACGAGUACUUUGAUCCCGACCAGGACUGAAGCCUUAGUGGCUUUCAUAUGGGGCUCCACAAUAGCAGCUGCCACGGCUUCCAAUUCCUCCAAGCCAUUGUGCCUCACACAAGCUGUCAACCUCAGGCCGAGAAUGAAAAAGAGAGAGGCUACCGACGAUGAGUUAUUGCUUUCUCAACACUCCCUUGGAAACCUCUUCUCCAUGGCAGCAUCGUUCUGCAACUCGGGCAUGAUCAGUACUACUACUACUGCAACUACUGCAAUUUCUGCUCUGGCUCCACUUCUAAGGGAAGCAGUGGUGGCAGCCGUCGAUGAAAAGCAUCUUGAUGUCCUCUCAUCGCAACAAGGCGGCUUCGAUGCCAUGGUUGAAGGGCUCGGAAUAGGUGUACCGACUCUAAUAUGCUCCAGCUGGAUCCGGUUCGGGUUUAGUGACAUCGAUUUCGGGUGGGGGAAACCAGUUUGGAGUGGUGCUGUUGGAGAGGCCCACAGGCACAACGCUGCUCUCAGGGACAUGAUCAUCCUCAAGGAAUUGGCACCCCAAAAGGAAGGGAAUAUUAACGAUUAUAACAAUGGUGGCAUCGAGGCCUGGAUAAGGAUAGAUGACAAAGUCAUGGCUGCUCUGGAAAAAGAUCCUGACUUCCUACAAUUCGCUACUCCCAAUCCUCCUAUUCUCUACUGAACGCUCCUCACUCACUGUUACUUAUUUUGGAUAAUAUUCCAUGCAAUUUUACUUAUGCUGGAAGAAUGAUACGGAUAGUGAUGGCAAUUUCCAAAAUUUAUGUUUUCUUUAUUUGUUUUGGUGAAGUGAGCUGCAGUAUUUUGAUGACAAGGACAAUGUGACCAAGAUUGCCACCAAUAUGUUUCAUUAGGUAGGAGCCCAUGGCUACCAAAUUCUGAGUGUUAGACUGUUAGUGACCACUCUUUCGGUUCUCUAAGAUGAUUCCUUUUAUAGUGAUACUAUUAUUAGUAGUAAUAAAGAAGGAAAAACAUU